GCUGCAGGCAGAGCGCGGGUGCAGUCAGGGCGCACAGCACGGCACAUACACGCAACAUCCAUACAUCCAGACAGACGGACCCACACUGCACGAUCCUCUAUGUGUGAAGUGGACAUGGAGUUAAUAUAGGCGCUUUACCACAUGGACUGAACGCACUAACUGGAUUUCUUUGGAUUUCUGAACUUUCGACACACUGCAGAGAGAAAAUGUGGAGAUACACGAACUUGUUGGUCUGUCUGUUGGUUUUGUGUAAAGAUGCGUCUUCACAGAGCAAGAUCUUUGGGGAGACUGAACCUGUCCGGAUGACGUCAGAGGGCUCAGACUGCCGCUGUAAGUGCAUCAUGCGCCCUCUAAGUAAGGAUGCCUGCCUGCGGCUGCGGAGCGGCAGUGUACGUGUAGAGGACUUCUACACAGUGGAGACAGUUAGCUCCGGAUCCGACUGUAAGUGCUCGUGCACGGCCCCGCCGUCUUCCCUCAACCCCUGUGAGAAUGAGUGGAAGAUGGAGAGGCUGAAGAAACAGGCCCCUGAGUUACUGAAGCUCCAAUCUAUGGUGGACCUCCUCGAGGGAACCCUCUAUAGCAUGGAUCUAAUGAAAGUCCACUCAUACAUCAACAAGGUGGUAGCACAGAUGAACACCCUGGAGGAGACAAUCAAGACAAACCUGACACGGGAGAAUGAAUUUGUCCGGGACAGCAUGCUGAGUCUCACCAACCAGUUUAAGAGAUAUGAGAACUACUCCAACAUUAUGAUGAGCAUCAAGAAGGAGAUCUCCAGUCUCAGCCUGCAGCUGCUGCAGAAAGACUCCUCUGAGAGCAAAGCACAGGACACCAAUGAUGAGAAAACCAAGGUGGCUGCAAAAAUACCUAACAAAAAGACCCCUGCAGCCAAACCUCUGAAACCAGCCAAAGAAAAGGUCGUAAAGCCCAAGAAAGAGGUCAUUAAACCUGGGAAGCCGGUCAAGCCUGACCCCACAGCCAAAGCCAAGGUGGCUGGCCAUCAGCCUGGUGUGGUGAGGGGCAUCACAUAUUACAAGGCUGCCAAGACCAGCGAUGAUCACAGAGAAGACCACUCUGCUAAAACGUACACAGUCCACCAUGUCACAGAAAGCCAGUCUGAGGACGGAGGAGCUGAAAUGGUCCUGGAAACCGUGGAGGCCACUGUGGCUGAUCCCAUAGCCACCACUGCAGCUCCCACCACUACAACUACUACCACCACUGCAACUAUUAGCACCACAUCUACCACCACCACUGCACCCACUACUAUCACCACACAAAGUACACCAGCAUCUGAAAGACCAGCUCCAACCAUAAUGCUGGUGCUGGACAACUCCAACAACAACAGUCGGCCAACGCUCCACAGAGCUGGGAAGAUCCUCAACUGUGAAGGGACUCUAGCAUCCAUUGAGCAGCCAGAGAAACAGCACAGUUAUGGGCGCAACGAGGGAGCCUGGAUGAAGGAUCCCCUGGCUAAAGAUUCCAAGAUCUAUGUCACUAACUAUUACUAUGGUAACAACCUGGUGGAGUUCCGCAACCUGGACAACUUCAAACAAGGCCGCUGGAGCAACCUGUUCAAACUGCCUUACAACUGGAUAGGAACAGGCCAUGUUGUUUAUAAUGGAGCCUUCUACUACAAUAGAGCCUUCACCAAGAACAUCAUCAAGUAUGAUCUGAGGAUGCGAUACGUUGCAGCCUGGACACUGCUGCAUGAUGUGGUUUACGAGGACACCACCCCCUGGAAAUGGAGGGGCCACUCAGACAUCGACUUUGCAGUGGAUGAGAGCGGCCUGUGGGUGAUCUACCCCUCCAUGGAUUAUGACUACAACCAGCAAGAAGUCAUUGUCAUCAGUAAACUGGAUCCUGGAGACCUGUCCUUGAAAAAGGAAACAACCUGGAGGACAGGUCUCAAGAGGAACUCUUAUGGGAACUGCUUCAUCAUCUGUGGCGUAUUGUAUGCUGUUAAUGUGUACAACCAGAAAGAAGGCGAGGUGAACUAUGCUUAUGACACCCACACCAACACUGAAGCCAUCCCACGCCUGCCCUUCACCAACGAGUACUCCUUCACCACCCAGAUUGACUACAACCCCAAGGAGAAGGUUUUGUAUGCCUGGGACAAUGGCCAUCAGCUGACAUAUCGGGUAAACUUUGUCGACCAGUGAGCACAGCUAGUUUGUGCUACAGAUAAGCUCACAGUAGGCCUGCCAGUAUGGCACCUAUAAAGAAAGAAGAUGCUCAGUAUUUGACAGCCUAGCAGCAGGCAUAUUGGACUACACAGGACAAAGGAUGACUUUACACCAACCUUCCAGUACCAAUGCAUGUUAUUCAAACACCUGACCUCACAGUGUACCAAACACAUGCCUCAAAUAUAUAUAUAUAUUGGGUGGAAGUGUGGAAAUAAUCUAACAGGUUGAGUUAAAGCUUAUCAGGUAGAGGUAGAGUUUAGAAUCAGAGAUUUCUUCAUGUCUUCAUUUAUGAAAUGUCAGCAGGCUGGCUAACGAGCAGAGAGAUAGAUAGCUAUAAACAGCAAGUUUAAAGUAGACAUAACAUUUGUAACAUCACCUAAUGGUUUCUGAAGGGGCACUUUGAGGCUUGCAUCUUUGACUGAUCAUGAGCUGUUACUGUAGAUGGUUUCUGAGGCCUGAGCAGUGGCUGAGAUAGGAUUACUUCAUUCAAACAGAAACUCCCAAAUAUGAGUGUUAAUAUCCUUUUAAUGGAUUGCUUCAAUAUAAGUCAUGUUAGUCUUAUCUCAUUCUAAUACAUAUAUGGUUGAGGUGAAAGUGGUCUUGGUUACUGUAAAUAUUUCUCCUGUUAAUACUGACCAUUAAGCUAGGUCAUAACCACACAUACUGAGAAAAUCUGUCCCCCCUGUUAUACUCUGUGCUGUGAUGGGAAUCAGAUGAGUUUUUAAAUACGAGGGGGCGUCAAAAAGUUUGUGGGAAAAGGACAGUUGGAAAAAAUGGUUUAAGUUAUGACAUUUAUUUUUGCGUUGCAACAUGCAUUUAAGGGUUCAUGUUAGAACAUGUUAUGACACAUUAGUAUGAGAACGUACAGGUGCAUUGCAAUCAAAAUCCCUGCAUAUGAUUUUUAGCUAUGUACUUUUUCCACAAACUUUUUGAAGCCCCCUCAUAUGGUCAGUCUAAACAAAUGGAUAAAAUAAUGACUAAAAAGCAGAAAAAGCAGAACCAGCAGCUGGAUAUAUGACAUUGUUUUGUUUUUGUUUUUCUCAGACAGUAAGUAACCAGAUUCCUAAAUAGGUAACUGUAGCUGAGUAUGUAAUGUCAUAGCUAAUAUUUCAGGUAACUGUUACUACUGGACAUUGUAGACUGUUUUUUAUACACUUACUAUAUAGCAGUGGUGGAAAGUAACAAAGAACAUUUACUCAAGUACUAUACUUAAGUACAGUUUUAAGUACUUCCAUUUUAUGCCACUUGACACUUCCACUCCAUUUCAGAGGGAAAUAGUGUAUUUUCUACUCCACUACAUUUAUUUAACAGCUUUAGUUACUAGUUCCUUUUAAGAUGUAGACUUUACAUAAUGUAAAGUAUAACAAGUUUUUACAAUACAACACAUUAUUAAUUAUUAAACCAGUGGUUUCCAAUCAUUUGGCUUUUGACAUCUUAUAGAAAACAGUCUGCAGUUGGGGUCACAUCACAGAUGUUGAUGAUGAUGUUUUUUUUGAGGGAACUCUUAAAACAUCUGAAUAGUAACAAAGCCUCUGAUGUGAGAACUAAUCCUUCAUAGAAUAAACACAUACAUGAACAUUAAAUAUUAGUAAAGUGGUACCAAACCAUGACAACAUGACAUUUUGGCACAGUUUUGCAUUAUACAUUACAGUAGCAAACCAUGUUGACAGUGCUGACCUUUCAGGACAGAAGAGUCCAAAAUAGAGGGAGCUAUCACAACAUAUUAGCUGUGUUUCACCGUCCACUUUUAUUUAACCCCUCCUCUGCAGGAAUAGAAAGUGCUCCACAAAACAGGCAGUUAUCAGACGAGAGUCAGUGAUUACUUAUUGUCCCUUUUAAAGACCAAGAACUCUUUUGACCAUGAUUGUGACUAUCUUGCCAUAAAAUGUCCCUGGCUGGCAGUUAGCCAUCAGUUGCUGAUGUUUGGUGUGACUGGUGAGAAGUGACAGAUUAUAAUGGUUUCUCUGUCCACCUGUAUGAAUACAGUUGGAUGCUCAUAUUCAGCUAGUAGCCAGACAGCUGACAAAUGAGUAAUAGUGAAGCAUGCAUUAUACAGUAAGUAGACUUGAGAGCUCUAUCUGAACACUGGACUCUGUUUUUUCAGCCAAGCAUUUCCUUGAAGGAAAUGCAGCAUAGGAUAUUUGCAUUUAUCAUCAGUAUUCAGCCAUGGUCAUUGACAGUUAAAGAGAAGCUGGACCAACUAGCUAAUGAAUUAGAUAAUGUAGUAUGGCUAAACUUAGCUAACCUUAGACACCACCUCUUUUGCCUUUCAUUAGGCUUCUAUUAACUAUUUUUAUACAGAAAAUGUUUUUUUGGCUCCGCUGCCUAGAAUUUAACUCAACCAAGGAGAUUAUUUCUGCUUCGAGAGUAGCUCUGCUUCGGAGAAAUGUUUGUAAAACUAAACUAUUGUUUCACUUGCCCAUCUACUCCAUCCUGUCACCAAGCACUUUGACCAUGAAUCUGCUUUGUUUAUUAUUCCGGCCUCAUGACACUUCCUGUCUCUUGACCAUACAUAUUGUUUUGAGGGAUGUGUUGAAUAUAAUAUGAACUCCAAAAAACAAUGUACACACGUUUCUAAGCUUAACUUUUUAUAUUUACAUGAAUUCAUGUGAUAAUUAAUAUCUUACAACUUUUUGUCAAAGUUUCAUGCAUCUUGUUAAAUUUCUGUUAUAUAAAAGAAUGCAGCUUUUGUCAUUGUUAAUAACAUUUGAAAAACCACUAUAUAUGUUGUAAUUGUUUUGUAUUUCUACAUUUUCACCUUAAUGCAAAUUAAGAACCAUGUCAUGCUCAUACAAAAGGUGUACUGUACCAUUAGCUGUUCCAUCUUCAACAGUGGACACAAUAAACCAUGAAUGUUUUUGCUUUUGACAGUGACAGACAGCACUAUGUGAGGCAUGUAGUGGGAAUGGUAAGCUUUAAGACACACAAGAUAAGUGUUACAGCACUACAUAGUGUUGUUUUGGUCUUGUACAUUAUUCAUAAUAAUAAUUCACAACAACUGUAUUAUUUUGCCUGUUCUUGAAUUAUUCAGACUGUUUUGUUAAGUUUAUUCAUAAAAUGGAUUCAUAAAGUAUUUUGCUUAAUUGUCUUGAAUACUUAAAUAAUAAUGUCCUGAAAUGUAACACUUGGAACCAGCUGAGCGUGUGUCUGUGCUAUGAAAUAAAAUCUCCAUAAUAAAA